AUGCUCGAUGGAGCCAAGAUGAAUAAGAACAAUCGAAAGCCAACAGAGAUUGGAGUUGCACAGAUUGUCGACCCACGAAAGUCACUAUCCAGAAUCAAGUCUCCAGAAGAUGGUGUGACGUUCCUCUCAUACACUGGCUCAGAGACCACAGAGAAGCUUUAUGAAGCACUGGCUGGGCUCCGCAUCGACUUGCAGAUCCUAAAGGAUAACAAUAACAUCAUGGAGAUCGAUGGCGUAUACUACAGAGUCACUGUCCUUUACGGAUUCGACCUGGUCUGUGCGAGCACAGUCACUGGGAUGUGUGGUAUGCAUCUAUCUCAUUCAACCUACCGCUGCAUUCUUUGUCACUGCACCAAUGACACCAUCAACCAUGUGUCUCGACUGGACCAGUUCACACUCAGAACACUGGAGUCAAUCAAACAUGAUGCUGAUAUGAUCAAGGCGAAGUUGGACAAGGGCACAAAGUUCAUAUUGGAUUCACUGCACUCUAUCAUGGGCGUCGUCAAGUUCUACAAGAAAAGGGUGCUUGACUUCACAGAAGACCCUAGAUUGUCUCCUGAGGUCAGAGCCACACUUGCCAGUAGUUUCAUUCAGUUCCUCAAGGACUAUGCCAAGCUUCACCUGGUCACUGGUGAUACCGAUAAGAAUGGAGAGCACGUGACUCUGAAGGAUCGCUUCACAAAGAGUGCUGUGAACUAUGAAGAGUUCAAGAGAAUACUCAAGCAUAGGGUUCCAUUGCUCAACUUCUUGGAGACGGCAAUAGGCACAGAAAGAACUAAACCUAUUCGAUCAAUGUGGGAGCAGCUUGCCUUUCUCGUCAACCUUAUGAUCACAGACCGACCUGCGGGUCAGCCAAACGUCAAGGAGUUUCAAUGGCGUUUCAUGACUGAGAAGCUUGGAACGCAAACACUCAUCCACUGUGGCAACAAGCUCUCAUCCUACAUGCACAUGUUUAUAAUGCAUGUAGGAUACUUUCUCGAGCGAUAUGGAAACUUGGAAAGAUACUCUUUGUUCUGUGGAGAGUUUAAACACAAGAAUAACAGAGUGACCAAGAAGGCCAGGUCAAAUUCAUACAGAUACGCAACCUCUAAGGUUGACAAUCAAUCAUCAGAACUUGAUGGACACCUGACAGGAGACAUCAAUCAUCAGCUCAUGUACGCUGAGGCGCAACAUCAGUUCUUCAACAAUCAGCCAUCCCUGACAUACAUGCUUAGUAAUGGCAUUUCUCAUCUCAGGCAGGAGCUGAAGAGAAAGAGAGAAGAGAUACCUCAGCUUUCACCGCCAGAUAUGGAGUCUCUCUUUGGAGUGAGUUCGUUGAACGACAUUCCAGAACCCCCAGCAUCCACUCAGCUCUAUCCUCUAAACACUGAUGUAACAGUCCUUUGUUCAACUCCCAAUCACAAAGGUAAAGAGUACUUUGGAUCGUGGUGGGACGCCACUGUCACUGACUACAACCAUGACACCAAGCUCUACACCGUGAAGUACAA